AUGUCGUAUGCAUCUGACGUCUACGGUCGCCUGGGCUCCGAGCUCGAGGUAUACGACUCGCUGCUGUCGACUACCAGCACGCCAAUUGAGAAGGACUCCGAUUUCGAAAGCCAAUUCGUUUCACACGACGGCAGCAAGGAGCACGAUGAGGCGAUCCGGGAUCAAAGGAAGCCCAUCCAGGAUAUCUUGGCGGCCAUACGACCCGCAGAUGGUUCCCACACCAUACCAUCCCGAAAGACAUUGCUCAGUCUGCUAGACAAGCUCGAUGACGCUUCCGAGCAGCGCAGCAGUAGCGCUGCGCCUCAUCUCGAAGAGUUGAGAAUCGUCGCGCUGUCUCGACUCGUAGUGGCGACGUACGCUGUCGCUCUCGACACGCUGCUUCGAGAUGCAAGCAAACUCGAGGACGAGACCUGGUACUGGACCGAUAUCGAAGAGUCGAUGCGUAAAACGUUGUCGUAUCUGAUCCAGACGCUUCCAGUGCGUCUGUUCAACGUCAGCAAGGAAGUAUUGGAGCUUGCAGCAGACACGGCUUCCAGCACACUGAGGAACACGAUCGACAGCAAGGAUGUCAGCACGUCGUCCAAGGCAAAGAGCCUCGACAAGAACACUGUCCGUGCUGCCCUACGCACCAUCCUCGACACACCCAACCUGGUCACUUCUAUGCUCUUCCCCUACGCAUUUCGCGUAGAGAGAGGCACAAAUCUCGACACCAUCCGUGCGGAACGAGACAGUCAACGGAAGAAAGUGGACACGCUGCGAAAGCAGCUCGACGCCAAUAGUCAAGCGGGUGACCAGCUCUCAAUUAGCUCGAAGACGACCAAGAAACAGCGUACCAAAGCGCUGCGCUCGACAUUGCAGACUUUCACGCCGACGUAUCUGGUGCGUCAUGAGGCGAGAUGCAAGCGACGAGGGCUCAUCAACGAGAGAGAUCGAUUAGCUGAGAAGCUAGGACACUUGGCUCUUCAGCACGAAGCACUGGCCGAGCAGGCUCACGAGCUCAGCACGUCAACCACCAGCUCGGACCCUUCCGGCCACAUCGUACUCAAUCAUCUCAACGCUAAGCUCAAAGUCCUUGUCGAGAGUUUCGGCGAGGUUCCGGAUGGCUCAGAAGCAAAAGGUAGCCAGACUUCCAGCGACGUCAAGAUCGACAUGGCCGCGAGUCUUACUGCCGGGUCUACGCUCAGCACGCUGAGAUUGCUGUUGAAGGAAGGCUUCGACAAACAGCAGGAGAGGACUCAGCAAGUGCUGUCGCCUAGCAUGUUUGGCCAACCGUCUUCGCUCGUUCAGCGCUGGCCCAAGCUCGUCUUCUAUCCCAUCGGCAUGCUGCUUCUCGGACGCUACCUGUCCAAUAAUUGGAACGGCAUCGAAGCCAAGCUGAAAGAAGCGCGCGAGACGGCACGCAGCUUCCUCAUAGGCUGGGUGUGGCAGCCCUGUGUCGAAUUGCUCGAAACAAUUCGACACGGCAACGAAGGGAGCGUCAUCAUCUCUCGCGAGUCGCUCGCCUCCGAUCUGCAGUCGCUUGAGAGGAUGGUGAGCGACUUCACCGCUGACAAAUACGGGACAUCGGGCGCUGAGCUGCAAGCAUUGGCUGCCAAGGUGAGGGAAGGCGAUUUGACGCCCGUGCUGAGGGUGUACGAGUCAGAGAUGAAAAGUCCAGUCAAGUCGAUGGUGACCGGCUCGUUGAUCCGAUCUCUUCUGAUCCAGAUCCAGAAGGCCAAGGUGGAUCUCGAGGUGGCAAUGUCGGGCAUCGACAAGCUGCUCAAGAGCCAGCAGCUCCUGUUCGGUGCCGUCGGUAUCGCACCCGCACUCGGCGUCCUGUACGUCUCGCAAAACUAUGUCCGCACCAAGCUGUUCAGCUUGGGCGCAUCGAGGUCCGAAUCGUCGGGUCGAGGAUACCAGAUGCGGGCAUGGGAGGCUAUGCGUCGUGUCGAUCGACUCCUUUCGAUUCCUCGUCCAGCCUCAUCUGCUGGCGUCGGAGCUCAGAAGGUAGAGGAGGAAAUGUCGCCUCGGGACCGGGAUGACCUGACUCAAGGUCUGCUAUUGUUGGACCUGUCGACCUUGCGCUCGGCGUCGGGUCCGCUGCUCAUGACGUUGUCCAAGGGCAAGAAGGCAGCGGCUCGCCGACUGCAGCGCCACUUCUUGCAGGAUAUCCGUGACCUCGAGUCGGGCGAGCACAGCGCCGUCGAGCGCAUGUGGAGGAGCUGGGGCCAUUCGGUGCUCCGCUUGCCUUCGUCGUGA